AUGUCACCUAUUCACGUUUACUUGGGUCUAAAUGGAAUGAAUAUGGCAUUGACUGAAUUCUAUUAUACACAUUUAUUACAAACAAACGUUUCUAAUUAUCUUAUAUCAUUAUGUGUCUCAGAUACAUUAGCUAUUGAUAAUGAAUUAUGGUUAGCUGAACAUUUAUCUACCUUCAUCAAUCUUCGUCAUUUAUCUUUAAUUGACAUUAAACGUUCUUCGUUUGAAAUGAUACUCAACGCAUUCUCAUCCAAUACUUCUCUCUUCAUGUUUAGCGUGCAUUUUCCAACUUACUAUCGUGCUGCUUAUACAUAUGAAGGUGUGCCUGAAGGGAUUGAUAUCGAUGGUAUUCAUGAUCCAGAUGUUAUAUCUGGAAUAGGUGAACGUUAUGAUAUUCAUUCAUUAGUUCAAACAGAUAUAACAACAACUGAACAACGAACAAAAUUAGAUGUAUUGGAUGAUGCUUUAUUUCUUGUAUGCAAAUCAAUAUCAUGA